AUGUCGUUCCAGCCGCAUCCGACGGCCGAGCAGCUCGAGGAGCACAAGAAGGCCAGCCUGCGGCCGCUGACCUUCGUCUUCGAGAGCGUCAUGGAGGCGCCGUUCCACUUUGGCGGCCUGGUGCCGCACUUUGUGCUGCUCUUCUACGGCCUCUACCGCCUCGGCACGGCGUGGGGCAUCGUGCCGCCGUACAACCCCGCCGUCGCCGUCGCCGUGCUGCCGCUCGUGCAGGGCGCCGCCGCGGGCAUCGUCGCCGGCGCGGGCUUCCUGCGCUACGGACCCAUGGGCCGCCGCCUCAAGCGCAAGGAGAAGGAGGGCGCCGCGACCGACGCAGAGCUCAACCGCCUGCAGUACAGCGACAUGGCCUUUGCCUUUGCCCUCUACACGCUCAUCGCAACCACCAUCUGGCAGCGGCUGCCAGCUGGCGAGACGCCGACGAUCCAGGCCAUGAAGCGGACUGCUGAGCGCGUGGGCCUGCGCUCUCGGAGCUAG